AGUCAAAACAGCGACGUGAGUAGUCAAAACUGAAAACAGCUCAUCCCUGUCAUCUGUCUCCUCCCAAAUCCCAACAACAACAAAAAACCCCAUUUCCACCUUAACACCAUCUCACCUGCAACUAACCCUAACCCUAGCCACAACCACCUCCACCAUGAAACCACCAGCAACCACCACCACCACCAUGACACCACUCAUCAUCCUCCUCCUCCUCCUCCUCACCACCACCACCACCACCACCGCCAUGGAAGACGACAUGCGCUGCCUCCAAGGCCUCAAAUCCUCACUCACCGACUCACAAAACAGACUCUCCUCCUGGUCCUUCACCAACAACAACUCCGUCACCUCCUUAUGCAAGCUCGUCGGAGUCUCCUGCUGGAACGAGAAGGAAAACCGCCUUAUAUCCAUCCAGCUACCGGAAUUCGAACUCGCCGGUACGUUACCUGACUCGCUACAGUACUGUCGUUCGUUACAAUCACUAGAUCUGUCCAAAAACCAGAUCUCCGGUUCCAUUCCGGUAGAGAUCUGCACGUGGUUGCCGUAUUUAGUAACCCUAGAUCUGUCCGGAAACUCGUUAACCGGUAACAUUCCGGUUGAGAUUCAAAACUGUAAGUUUUUAAACAAUUUGAUUCUAUCGGAUAACAGCUUUUCCGGUACGAUUCCGUACCAGAUCGGACAACUUGAACGGUUGAAGAAGCUGGAUGUUUCGAACAACGAAUUAUCCGGUUCGAUUCCUGACGAUUUGAACCGCUUUGACUCCGAUUCGUUCGUUGGAAACGAUAAGUUGUGUGGACCGCCGGUUGAUUCGAAGUGUGGACGGUUGAAUAAUAAGAACCUGGCGAUUAUUAUAGCUGCAGGUGUGUUAGGUGCUGCUGCUUCGUUGUUGCUAGGGUUUGGGAUCUGGUGGUGGUUUUUUAUUCGAGUUGAUCGGAGAAAAGGUAAGGGUUAUGGCGGUGAAGGUGGCAGUGAGGGUGAUCGGAGUAAUUGGGUGGAUCGGUUGAGAGCGUAUCGGCUUGUGCAGGUAUCGUUGUUUCAGAAACCGAUUGUUAAGAUCAAGUUGAAUGAUAUAUUAGGUGCUACUAAUAAUUUUAGCAGUAGUAAUAUCGAGAUUACUACUAGAACCGGGGUUUGUUAUAGAGCUAUGUUACAGGAUGGUUCUGUGCUUGCGAUUAAGCGGUUAAGUGCUUGUAAGAUUAAUGAGAAACAGUUUCGGUCUGAGAUAAAUAGGUUAGGGCAGCUUCGGCAACCGAAUUUAGUCCCCUUGUUAGGGUUUUGUGUUGUUGAAGAUGAAAAGCUGUUGGUGUAUAAACAUAUGCCGAAUGGGAGCUUGAAUACACUUCUGCAUGGUAAUGCUGGUAAUGUCGAUUUGGACUGGCCGCUAAGGCUUAAAAUUGGUAUUGGUGCAGCGAGCGGGUUAGCCUGGUUGCACCAUGUUUGUGAACCGCCGUAUCUUCAUCAAAACAUUAGCUCGAAUGUGGUUCUUGUAGAUGAUGAUUUUGAAGCCCGGAUAAUCGAUUUUGGAAUAGCGAGGCUUGUGGGCACUCGUGAUUCGAACAAUAGCUCAUUUGAAAAUGGUAAUUUGGGUGAGUUUGGUUAUGUGGCUCCCGAGUAUUCGAGCACGAUGGUUGCUUCGAUGAAAGGGGAUGUUUACGGUUUUGGGGUUGUUCUUUUGGAAAUCGCAACCGGUCAGAAGCCACUUGAAGUGAACAACGGAGAGGAAGGAGGGUAUAAAGGUCAUUUGGUGGAAUGGGUUAACCGGCUUGUCGGUUCAGGAAGAAGUAAAGAUGCUAUUGACAAAUCUUUAAGAGGAAAAGGAAAUGAUGAUGAAAUCUUGCAGUUUUUACGGAUUGCUUGUAGCUGUGUUGUUUCCAGGCCUAAAGAACGACCUUCUAUGUAUAACGUUUACCAGUCGUUAAAAGGUUUGGCGGGCGCACACGGGUUUUCGGAACAAUUUGACGAUAUUCCUGCGAAAUACGCCAAACAAGAUCCGCAUCAUCACAAAGAUUAAGAUUUCAAGAAGGUAUAUUCUGCUUUAUUAACUUGAGGGUUUAUGUUAUUUGGUAUGUGUUGUGGUGCUAAUGUUCUUGAUGAUGAUUGUGUAUUGUUUUAUCUCAUUGUUUGUAGCAUGAUCUAGUUUAGAGAACUAUCAUACUGAAAGCUUAUAUUUCAUUGAAUUGCUUCUUUUGCAA